UAAAUGUGGGUUCGGACAGCUAAGAUUAAUUGGGUCCAGCCCAAACCCGAACCGAAAUGCGGUGCCCGUAUUGCGCGGCGACACAGGGGCGGUGCGCCGCCACAUCCACCGGCCGCUCAAUCACAGAGUGCGGCUCCUGCGGCCGUGUGGUGGAGGAGCGUCACACACACCCCCACCACAUAUUCCACCUACGCGCCCACGACUCUCCUCUCUGCCUCGUCACCUCCGACCUCCCCACCCUCCCCGUAUCCUCCGCCGCCUCCGCCAACGACGGCGACGACGAGGACCCGUUCGAGCCCACUGGCUUCAUCACCGCCUUCUCCACUUGGUCACUCGAACACUACCCGCUGUUCGCCCAAUCCUCCCUCUCUUUCGCCGGCCAUCUCGCCGAGCUAGAGCGCGUGCUCGAAACCACGUCCUCGUCUUCCAAUCCGUCUAGCCCCUCCGUCGUGGUGGACAAUCUUAGGGCUUAUUUGCAGAUUAUCGACGUCGCUUCAAUUCUAGGGCUCGAAUACGAUAUUUCCGACCACGCGUUUCAGCUCUUCCGGGACUGCUCUUCCGCCACGUGCUUGAGGAAUCGCAGCGUUGAAGCCCUCGCCACUGCUGCUCUUGUUCAAGCUAUCAGGGAAGCUCAAGAGCCUAGAACUCUCCAGGAAAUAUCACUUGCUGCCAAUUUACCUCAAAAGGAAAUUGGGAAGUAUAUCAAGAUCCUUGGAGAAGCUCUGCAGUUAAGUCAACCGAUUAAUAGUAAUUCUAUAUCAGUUCAUAUGCCGAGAUUUUGUACACUUCUCCAGCUGAAUAAAUCUGCUCAGGAGCUGGCAACUCACAUUGGUGAGGUGGUGAUGAAUAAAUGCUUCUGCACUCGCAGAAACCCGAUUAGCAUAUCUGCUGCGGCAAUAUACUUGGCUUGCCAACUGGAAGACAAACGGAAGACUCAGGCUGAAAUCUGUAAGGUAACAGGACUCACCGAGGUCACUCUUCGGAAAGUGUACAAGGAACUCUUGGAAAACUGGGAUGAUCUGCUACCAUCAAAUUAUAAUCCAGCUGUCCCUCCCGAGAAAGCUUUCCCGACAGCUACUAUUGCAUCAGGCCGCACUUCGAACUCAAGAGCUGACAUUGUUGAAGCAACUUCUUCUGAGAGGGACAAGCCGGGUGAAGCUAAGAUGACCAAACCAAUGGAUGGGAUAACUAUAUCCCACCUGGCCAGUCAGGCAGAUACUGACCGAAAAGAUAAUAUUCAUGCCUCACAAAACACAAUGUCUUGGCCACCAUCAUUGCCAAAAGGUCCACUUGGUAGUAGUAAUGAGAGGAAGACAGCUGCCGAGAAAAAUCAAAAUGUGGCUCAUGCAAUGGAGAUUGAUUCACAACACAAAACUCCAGAGGAUAUUAAAGUAGAGACAAACACAAGGGUCACUUCCAGUAGCGCAAGACCAUACUUCUCUUCUGGUGCAGUUCCAGUGUCUUGGCCAUUUCAGUCGCCGGCUUCAUCAAGGUUUCCCCCCUCGUCUCAAUUCUUGCAGCCACCAAAGCAUAACAUUACAGAUAAAGGAGCAAUUAAGCAAGACGAAAACGACAAAGGCAAUUAAUGUGGUAAUCCUUGAAAGUGUACAGUUGAUUCCAUUGUUGUGUUCAUGCGACAGUGUAGGAAAUUGUGUACUAACCUGUUAAGAAACUCCUUUUGUGUCUUAAUCUUACAUUGUUUAGUUUCCAUGCUAUGCCAUCUAACAUGGGUAAGCAGAUUCUAGCUU